AUGUCCUCCACGUCUCCUACUCCCGGGGCCUUCUCCCUCUUCCCCAGCCCAAGCAGCUCCACCCCGCCAAUAACAGUCGGGCAGGCCUCGCGCCCUCGACGAUCGGAAUCCCGUGAACGCAGAGCCCGGACGCCGCAGAGCGCCCGGACCCGUACCCCUCAACCUGGAGAGCUGUCGCUGGCGACCUCACCACCACGAAGCAACGGCCGCAAGACACCUCAGCUGCAGGCACAGUCGCCGUCGUCGCAACAGCAGCCACAGCAGUCGCCGCCGAGGCAACGGCAACGACAGGGGUCGGUAUCGAGAGAGCAGCAGAUGCAGUCGCCCGCGAGGGAACACCAGCAACAGCCCAGGGAGCAGCAGACACAGUCCCCUGCGAGGGAACAGCGAGAACUACCACCACUGCCCAGGGAACAGACACCGGUAGCCGCCGAGCAGCCUCAGGCGCAACAUCCUCUUCAGCAACACCCUUCAAGGCUAGUGCGUAACCCGGACCGGAGCUCUAUCGCGAAGCCGCCUCUCGAGGAGGAAGCAGGAUCGUCGGGCCAGGUACGGUCCAUCUUCCCGACUUACAACCCCAACAUACCCCUCAACCAACAGAAUUAUGCGCCCACGCAACUCGGCCCUGCAGGGAUACCCAGGGCCAUCAUCAGUAGGCAGUCAUUCUUCCCCAAUGACGACUCAGAGGGCAUCAACCAGGAGGAGCCACCGCUUCCUGUUACCACCCGCAGCCCCUUGCGAGGAGGUUCCGAGGACGAUCCCAGGUGGGGGCAUGCCGUGCCACUGCCAAGGGAUCCUCCCGUAGAACCCCAGACCUGCACGACGAGCCAGCUCAAGUCCUUCUGGAGAGUUGCCAACGGGUGGAGGGCUACCCCCCUGGAGGGGCGGGUAUAUUGCAUGAAGCUGGAGCAGGAGAAGGAUGCACCUGUAUAUACGCUCUCUUCGUCCACCCAGCCAUUCUACAAUAUCCGGAUCGACCCGACUUCCGCCUCGGCGUAUGUGACGGUCAAGCGCCAUGAUCCGAACAAGCCGUACAAGGACCCAACAGGAGACUCGAGCCCGAUCUCAGGGAGCAGCUUACUGUCUGCCGUGAGCGGCGGAAGCAAUAGCAGCCCGAGGAGCUCCAAGAUCACUGAUGGGAAGCACUGGUCCGAGGCUCUGACGACGACCCUCGAGGAGGAAUCCCGCCGGCAUCGUCCCAAUGACGGGCUUGUCGCGCUCCUCAUGCCCCGGGCAGCUGCCAAGAUGGCGCUGGAGAAGGCCAAUGAUCCCCAGGCUGUGUAUAUGGCUGAGCGAGAAUGCGCGCGUCUAGUCUGGGAUGACGACAGCGCGAGCCACUUCCUCGUGCACCCUGCCCUGGCGACCCCAUUCUGCGUAACUAUUGACCGGUCACCGGCGUGGUCACGCGUCGAGUACACACUCGAGCACCACGAGUCCCCCCAGCACCUGGCCAAGCUGACGCGGGACGGCACCGGCGCGGGCUGGCUCGAGUUCGACACGGGGCUCGCCUCCAAGAUCGAGUCGUGCUACAUUGCCGACGUGGCCAUCACGGCGCUCAUCCUCGUCGCGUCCGCGGACGAGAAGAACCAGCCCGUGGCCGAGACCUUCGAGCCUCCCCCCGUCCUGCCCCCUCCCCAGACCCUGUUCCUCAAGAGCAACAGCAGCAGGGAGAAGGUCUUCGGCAAGGCGUUCGGCGGCAAGAAGAACAAGGGGCCCGUCGAGGUCUUCGAGCUGGAUCUGGAGAGCCAGAGCAGCAGCCUCGGGAAGGACAAGAAGAAGAAGAAGGACACCAAGGUGAAGGAGGGGCUGGACAAGCUGCCAUUUGUGUUGCGGGUCCCGGCGAAACUGGCUCGGUGGGCGUUCAAGGCUUUGAUAUGGAUAUUCACACAGAUUUUCGGUUGUUUAAAGGCGAUGUUUUGCUGCUGUUAUGGCGUGGUUGGGUCCAAGUACUAG